GUCGACGCGUGUAAUUCACUAUAAUUAUAGGCAUCAUCAUCUCCAACCUUUCUUGGCGUCAACUCAUAACCAUUGCAAAACCACAACUAAAAUCUCUUUCUUUCAAUCAAAUUUUGUUCACACCAAUUCAACUGGAAGUUUUAAUUGCUACUCCGCCUGAUUACUUUGUUGAAUUUUUCCUAAAUUUCUAAUGGCCUCAAGCGCAAACAAGAACAUCAACGCCAAGCUGGUACUCCUAGGAGAUGUUGGAGCUGGAAAAUCUAGUCUAGUAUUGCGUUUUGUGAAAGGGCAGUUUGUGGAAUUCCAGGAAUCGACAAUAGGAGCUGCCUUUUUCUCACAAACAGUCGCUGUGAAUGAUGCAACUGUAAAAUUUGAGAUAUGGGAUACGGCUGGUCAGGAGAGAUACCACAGCUUAGCUCCAAUGUAUUACAGAGGCGCUGCUGCAGCCAUCAUUGUCUAUGAUAUCACAAAUCAAGCCUCAUUCGACCGAGCCAAAAAAUGGGUUCAAGAGCUUCAAGCACAAGGUAAUCCAAAUAUGGUCAUGGCACUUGCUGGGAAUAAAUCAGAUAUGUUGGAUGGUCGAGCGGUGGCACCAGAGGAGGCUCAAACUUAUGCCCAGGAGAAUGGUCUUUUCUUUCUUGAAACUUCUGCGAAGACAGCAGCCAACGUCAAUGAAAUCUUUUAUGAGAUAGCAAAGAGAUUACCGCGGCUGCAGCAGACACCAAACCCGUCGGGCAUGGUCCUCGUGGAUCGACCAGCAGAGAGGGCAAACAGUGCUUCUUGUUGUUCUUGAAAGUAAAUCAUAUACAGACAUCAAGAUCGUGUUGUGUUCCAUACUAGUUGUGUACCCUCCAGAUUUGUACAGGAGUUGAAUUUUCUAUAUGCAUUUCCCAUUUAGUUGAAGAACCUCGCUCAAUAUGUAUCCAUGUGUAUUAUCUUACAUGACAAAAUCUGUUUCUUGCAUUUGAAUUUUCCCCACAAUUUAUAAUCUCA